AUGGAAAGACACAACAUCACAGUGGUGAAGGAAUUCAUUCUGAUGGGAAUCACAAAUCGCCCCGAGCUGCAGGCUCCACUCUUUGUGCUGUUCCUCAUCGUUUAUCUGAUCUCAGCAGUGGGCAACCUGGGCAUGAUCAUCCUCACCAAGACAGACAACAAGCUGCACACUCCCAUGUACUUUUUUCUCAGACACCUGGCUAUUACAGAUCUUGGUUAUUCUACAGCUGUGGGACCCAAAAUGUUAGUUAACUUUGUUGUGGAUCAGAAUACAAUAUCCUAUUAUUUUUGUGCUACACAGCUCUCUUUUUUUCUCGUAUUCAUUAUUAGUGAGCUUUUUAUUCUGUCAGCAAUGUCCUAUGACCGCUAUGUGGCCAUUUGUAAACCUUUGCUCUACACAGUCAUUAUGUCACAAAGGGUAUGUUGGAUGCUGGUGGCAAUUCCCUAUCUUUAUUGUACAUUUGUGUCUCUUCUUGUCACCACAAAGAUUUUUACUUUAACUUUCUGUGGCUACAAUGUAAUCAGUCAUUUCUAUUGUGAUAGUCUCCCUUUGUUAUCUUUGCUCUGCUCAAAUACACAUGAAAUUGAAAUGAUAAUUCUGAUCUUAGCAGCUUUCAAUUUAGUUUCAUCUCUUCUAAUAGUUCUUAUCUCUUACUUGCUUAUACUUAUUACUAUUCUUAGGAUGAAUUCUGCUGAGGGCAGAUACAAGGCUUUCUCCACCUGUGGAUCACACCUGACAGUGGUCACAGUGUUCUAUGGGACUUUGAUAUUUAUGUAUGUGCAGCCCAAGUCCAGUCAUUCUUUUGAUACUGAUAAAGUAGCAUCUAUAUUUUAUACCCUGAUUAUCCCCAUGUUGAAUCCCUUGAUCUAUAGCUUGAGGAACAAGGAUGUAAAAUAUGCCCUGCAAAGGUUAAUUGUGUCUAAAUCUGAAUCUGUAUCAUCAGCUGUUGCAUCUGUAUUCUGAAUCUGUGGAGGGUCACUUCCUGAGUGGACACGCUCACAGGGCACACCCCGGAGGAAAUGGGAGACGUCCUGAUUCCUCGUCUUGGACCUGGGAAGGUCCAAUCUGUAUCUGGGUACCUGGGUAGGUCCAAUCUGUAUCUAGGGAUGAAGAGAAGAGGGACUGCUGCAGAGUUCUGGUCCCACCUGUAAGGUCUUUGGUCUCCUUCAGACUCCCGGAGGUUUGCCCUCAGAGCAGUAGAGAUCUUCUGUAAUAUAACCAUCUGAAUCUGUCCGCGGAAAUUCUGUACAGGCGCGGUGUUUGUCUUUUUGUUAAGUGGUGUUUGUGUUAUUUCUGUUGACAACUGACUUAACUAGACAGAACAUGGGGGCAACUCCACUGGAUCUAACUCUUGCACAGUGAAAAAAAAAAUGUAAAAAAAGUGACUCAUAAUAAUGUAGGUUAAGGGCUGGGUUGGUCGGGCUGGAGCAUGAAGCGGAGUUCGGUGCGCGCCGCAGCUGGACAAGGUGCUACCCCAAUCCCCCCCAGUCCCCCCGCCCCGGGAGCAGACGGCGGGGACUCUGGAUGUGAGCUGGGCCCUUCCCAUGGAUCGCCCCAGCUGCAACAGGAGUUGUGGCUGCCUUCGGGAAGCCUGGCAGGCGCUGCAUGUGCAGCGCUCCCAGGGUCGGGGUGCGAGGAGGAGACCCCUUGCCUUUUCCCACGGUGCCUUGCAGGCGCGUGCCCCCCCUCCCCCCUGCCAGGCCCGUCCCGUGGCCCGUCCCGCGAAGCAGCUCGCCUUGGCCGGCGCCCAGCAGCUGACUUAGAACUGGUGCAGACCAGGGGAAUCCAACUGUUAAAGCAUGAUGAGGGCCCGUGGCUUGUGUUAACGUGAUGUAAUUUCUGCCCAGUGCUCUAAAUGUCAAAGUAAGGAAAUUCAAUGAAGCGCGGAAAGCCAGCGGGAGCCCUUGGGGGCCAAUGGUGGCAUCCAGUGAGUUCUUGCUGGACCUUAAAAAUCCGGGAAAGAGGGUGUAAAUCUCACUCCCAGCCUUACCCAUAUCUGCAACAGGUCUCCAAGGUAAACAGCCUCUGGCAUGUUGGACCAAUGUAAAUGUUAAAAAGGACAAUUACAAUUGGGUUAAUUUCUGUAAAGGAGUGACUCCAUGUCUAUCCCUAGGCUCUGUUGGCGGGUCUCAAAGUGGCUGUGAGCAAGAUUGGCGCAAAAUUCAAAUUUGGCCUUAGAGACUGGCGUGGACUGGGUAGCUCUCCUCCCCUUACCUUAUCUCAGAAUUUGAACUUUAUCUUAAAAUCAGGUCUGGUCCAAAGUCUACUCUCCCUGUCUUAUCACUGAAACAAAUCGGGUAUCCCACCCUUCUGAUGGCUCUUCUGUUUUAUCUCAUGCAAGCCAGAAGAUAGUGCUUUGUAACUUGCUGAACUUAUUUUGCAAUUUGUUUUAAAAAAUUUCUGGGUGGUCAGUACUCAAUAAAACAGUAAUAGGUAAUUAACACUUGUUUUAGGUAAAUACAAUUUUAUUUUAUUAAAUUCAGAUUGAUAUAUAUAUUAUCAGCAUCCUAAGUCAUAGUUCAACAUCACUUAAAAGUAAUUAAUGCUAAAAUUUGAUGUGUUACUGUGGGGAAUCCCACAGGAAUCUCAAAAAGAGUCACGGAUCACCUCUUACCUGAAAAGGAGAUGAACUGUGGAAACACAAUAAAACAUUGAGUUAAGAAGUUACCACUAGCCACAAAAUAAAAGUAAAGUGGAGUUAUAAGUCAGGAGCUGAGGCAAUGCCUAACGGCUGUUAGGGAGACGCUCCUAAUCAUACCAAGCAGACAUCUCUGGUCCAUCUGAUAACGGUGCACUGCGGGCAAUACCCUCCUACCCACGCUGACUGGACCAUUCAAACACAAGUAAGGCGGGAGCAGUAUUGACUGGGCCAUUCAAACAUAAGUAAAAACCAAUAAAAUUACACAAGUUGUAUGAUGGCAAAUUGGAGGAUUGUCAAAAAAUGAGAAUAAAAGAGGAGCCCUGGUGCUGCUCUCCAUCCUUUCGGGGAUCAUGGCCUGGUGCGUGUAAACCAGCGGGAGCGAAAGAAAGAAGCGCGGAGCUGAGCCGAGCUGUCCCUGAGCUGUCCCUGAAGAGAUCCUGACCCGUUCCUGACUUGUUCCAGCCACAGCUCUUGGAGCUGCACCUGUUCCUGAGUGGCCUUAGCCGCCGUUCCUAAGCGGCUUUAGCUGCAUGAGCUGUCUCGUUCUGGUCUCGUUCCUGUCUAAUAAAAGUUGCUGUAACACUUUCGGCUUUGCAGCCGAGUAAGGGGCCCAGUGUGUGUGAACCUCUGGAUCUCCACACAUCUGGAGCCGAAGGGGCAGCCCGCUACUCUGCACAGAGCAGAUAGCGGCACAAGCUGACCACGGACAAGGGGCCCAGUGUGUGUGAACCUCUGGAUCUCCACACAGCCGGAGCUGAAGUGGCAGCCUGCUAUUCUGCGUGGAGUAGGUAGCAGCACAAGCCAACCUGCAGAGCUGUCCCUGAGCUGUAAAACCCUACUGUGUGUGUGCGUAUGUGUGUGUGUGGCCCAGUGCGAGUGAACCUCUGGAUCUCCUCGCAUUUGGAGAUGAAGAGCCAGCCUGCUAGCUUUUGCUAUGUGGCACAAGGUGACAACGGGAUCAAGAGGUCAUCUGGAACUGCUGCGUUGCUGCAGGGCCAUUGAUGACCAGUGAAGCUGCGUCUCACCGCCUCACUUGGAGUCCUUAUCAGCCCACUGCCAGAGCUGGCCACAGAGCCGGACCAGGCCUCUCAGCAGGGGACCUCUCCAACUUCUCGCCUGUUGUCCACCUGGAACCUUGAGCCUACUGCCCAGAGAGAUAACCUUCCCACAACUUCCUUCCUGUAAGUGACUGGUCCGAGUUCUGUACCUGCUGGGACACUGAAUUCUGGACACUGGACACUCCCCGCAGGAGAAACACAUUUGUGACAGUUUUGCAAGCCUAGAUACAUAGCAAACCAAUGUUAUGUAUUGAAUCUUUUGCUGUGCAUGUAUUGUCCAUGGUGAUAGUACUUAAGAUUAUUUUAAUAGUGUUUGUUGUGACUUGUGGUAUAAUAAUAUUGAUUGCCUAGCAGAUAAGUGAUAUUGUUAAGAUUGGGUAGAUGUAUUAAGUUAAGUAGUUAAGUAGUUAAGUGGUUAAGUCAAGUAGUUAAGUGGUUAAGUGAUUGAGUAGUUAAAUAGUUAAGUCACAUUAAAUAAUAGUGUUAAGUUUAGUGAUAAGCGUAUUAAAUAGGAUAGAUUGAUGAGUAUAUUGGUACUGAUAAGUGUAUGGACAUCAAUGAGCAUUCUGAUGAGUGAUGUGAUAUAAAACCUCUGGUGUGUCACUGGUGUGUGAAUAAUAAAAUUGGAAAAGACA